UUUGAUUGGCUGAGGGUGGAGUUUGUAUCAGCGGGUUUAGCGCCACUCCGCUGGCUACGGCUGCUCAGUGUGCGGUGCUAGGUGGGCUUGCGUUUUCAGGGCAGAGAAGUCUUGAUCAAGAAGCUGCAGGAGGACACAGCUCGGCUGAGGUGGUAUUAGAGCAGCAGGUCCUGAAGUGGCGGACCUAGCUCUGGCAACACCUACCUCCCUGGUGUGCUUUCAGGAAAACUCAUCAGGACCUUUGCAUCUGGAAAGCUGUGUAAAUGCAAUAAUCAGUGUGGUGAUGUCUCGGGAGACGGAUGUGGAGUGUCAUCAGCCCCAUGGCAGUGCCUCCCCGCAGUCCCAAGGUGGCUUCUCGCAGUCCCACGGUCCCUCCUCACAGCCACACGGCUCAUCUUCACAGUCCCAGGGCACGUCCAGCUCCUCCACCAGCACAGUGCCCACGUCCAGCCAGUCCUCUCACUCCAGCUCGGGUACGCUGAGCUCCUUAGACACAGUGUCCACGCAGGAACUCUAUUCUAUUCCCGAGGACCAAGAACCCGAGGAUCCUGUCCCUGCCCCUUGGGCUCGAUUAUGGGCCCUUCAGGAUGGAUUCUCUAAUCUCGAGUGUGUUAAUGACAGCUACUGGUUUGGGAGAGAUAGAAACUGUGAAUACUGCUUUGAUGAACCCCUGCUGAAAAGAACCGAUAAAUACCGGACUUACAGCAAGAAGCACUUUCGGAUCUUCAGAGAAAUGGGUCCUAAAAACUCUUACAUCGCCUACAUAGAAGAUCACAGUGGGAAUGGAACCUUUGUAAAUAGAGAUCUUGUAGGGAAAGGAAGACGCCUUCCUUUGAAUAACAAUUCUGAAAUUGCACUUUCAGUAUGGAGUAAUAAAGUUUUUGUAUUUUUUGAUCUGACUGUAGAUGAUCAGUCAGUUUAUCCCAAGGAAUUAAGAGACGAAUACAUCAUGUCCAAAACUCUUGGAAGUGGCGCCUGUGGUGAGGUGAAGCUAGCUUUCGAGAGGAAGACGUGUAAGAAAGUAGCCAUAAAGAUCAUCAGCAAAAGGAAGUUUGCUAUUGGCUCCGAGAGAGAGGCAGAUCCAGCACUCAAUGUUGAAACAGAAAUAGAAAUUUUGAAAAAACUAAAUCAUCCUUGUAUCAUCAAGAUUAAAGACUUUUUUGAUGCCGAAGAUUAUUAUAUUGUUUUGGAAUUGAUGGAAGGAGGAGAGCUGUUUGAUAGGGUGGUGGGAAAUAAGCGCCUGAAAGAAGCUACAUGCAAACUCUAUUUUUACCAGAUGCUCCUGGCUGUGCAGUACCUUCACGAAAAUGGCAUUAUACAUCGGGACUUAAAGCCAGAGAAUGUUCUACUCUCAUCUCAAAAAGAGGACUGCCUUAUAAAGAUUACUGAUUUUGGGCAGUCCAAGAUUUUGGGGGAGACCUCUCUGAUGAGAACCUUAUGUGGUACCCCCACUUACCUGGCUCCUGAGGUUCUUAAUUCUUUUGGGACUGCUGGAUAUAACCGUGCUGUGGACUGCUGGAGUUUAGGAGUUAUUCUUUUCAUUUGCCUUAGUGGGUAUCCACCUUUCUCUGAGCAUAAGACUCACGUGUCACUGAAGGAUCAGAUCACCAGUGGAAAAUGCAACUUCAUUCCUGAAGUCUGGUCAGAGGUCUCAGAGAAGGCUCUGGACCUCGUCAAGAAGUUGUUGAUAGUGGAUCCAAAGGCACGUUUUACGACAGAAGAAGCUUUAAGACACCCGUGGCUUCAGGAUGAGGACAUGAAGAGAAAAUUUAAGAAUUUGCUUUUUGAAGAAGAAAAGUCGAUGACUGUGCCCCAGGUUCCCGCCCAGCCUUCUACAAGUCAAAAGCGGCUUCUUGAAGGGGAAGCAGAGGAUGCCGACCCCACAAAGCGCCUGGCCGUUUGUGCUGCUGUCUCGUGAACACCGGUUGACCAUGAAAGAAAUGUACUUUCUUGAACCCAGCUGCCAUGUUCUUUAAAUCUGUUUUGCAUAGUUUGUAUUUUCAUUGUGGGAACAGUUGCUUUUCCACAAUCAUUGAUACACAAUUCAAAAUGUAAUGGAACCUGG